AUGGUUCGCACGAUCGUCUAUACGCGUUCCCGCUAACUACAAAUUACAGUGAACCAAUAUUUUGUGUAGUUUUUCACUCUUGGGCAAAAAAAAACAAAAAAAUUUAUAACCGCGAAUCGCUUGAUUGUAAUUUUGUUGGAUAGUAAUUACUAAUUAGAUACUAAUUUAGUUGAUCGUCAAUUAUUAAAACAAUCAUUAACAUCAUUUUUUUGCAUUGACCCAAGGACGGAAUUACAAAAAUAAUGACAAUUAUUAUUUAUUUAUAAUAUAAUAAUAUAUAUAUUUACGUUAUCGUAUUCGCGAUAUUGUCAUUACUCAUUAGUCACGUAAAUUGUGACGUUGGUCAUCGGGGAAGAGAGGUACACGCGGGCAGCAUAUUAUAUUAUUAUAAUAUUACUAUAUUAUACGCUCUCGGCUGUCCUACCUAGUGCGCGUGCGCGUGUCAGUGCACGCCCGUCAACGGAACGCGUAGUGUUACGAGUCGUCGCCGACGACCGUUGUGCUUGGGCAGUGUGUGCCGCGUACGUGUACGAAGCAGGUGUGUAAUACGCCUUCAACGAGUCUUUUUCGUCCUCUGCUGAUGGAAUUUGGAGAGAGUCCGUAAACGGGUUCAUAACUCUUUGGAGGAAUACGAAACGUGUGUACCAGUAGCCAACAAUUCAAAGCAAACUUUGAUCGAAUUGUGCCAUCACUGUACGUCAUCAAAACAUCCAGUGGCCAAAGAUUUACUAUCAAUAAUUACCAAAUUACAUUUUAAGGCCCUUUUAGAAGUACAUGAUAAAAUAGCAAUAAAGAGACUGAAGAAAACAUUAGAUACCUCUGAUUUACCUCCAACUCCUCCCUCACCGCCACAACAACAGAACGGAACUAAAAUGUCUACCCAAACAUACAAAGUAAUUGGAUUGCGAAAAAAACCAGACGAACCAUUGGGUUUAACUGUUGAACAAGACGAAAAUGGAAAUCUCAUAGUAGCAAGAAUAUUAGCUGGAGGUACAAUUGAUAAACAAGGGUUGUUGAAAAAAGGAGAUGUCAUACUAGAAGUAAAUGGUGAAAGAGUUGAAAGCCCUGAAGAUUUAUUAAAUGAAGUUAGCCGUAGCAAAGAUACGUUGCAAUUUCGAAUCGCUCCAGGAUUUUUCCAUAAAAAUACAAUUCAAACACAACAAUGUUAUAUGCGAGCAUUGUUUGAUUAUGACCCUAUGGAAGACACUUUAAUUCCUUGCAAAGAAAUUGGUUUAACAUUUAAACAUGGAGAUAUUCUCCAGGUUCUGGAUCAGAAAGAUCCCAACUGGUGGCAAGCAAAAAAAGUGGGCGAUAAUGAACUUCCUGGGUUAAUACCAUCCCAAGAAUUGGAGGAAAGAAGAAAAGCUUUUGUAGCUCCGGAAGCAGACUAUGUUCAUAAAACUAGUAUUUGUGGAACUAGGAUUUCAAAAAAAAAGUGUAAGAAAAUGUAUCAAUCAAAAUGGAAUGGUGAAUUUGAUAAAGCAGAAUUGAUAUUGUAUGAAGAAGUUACAAAAAUGCCUCCUUUUAAGAGACGUACUUUGGCAAUAAUCGGUACAACUGGUGUGGGAAGACGGACACUUAAAGGUCGACUAAUAAACAGUGAUCCUCAAAGAUUUGCAGGAGUUAUACCAUAUACAACACGGCCUCAAAGAGAAUUGGAAGAAAAUGGUCAAAAUUAUUGGUUUAUUGAUCGUGAUCAGAUGGAACAUGAUAUUAGAGAGCAUAAAUUUCUGGAAUAUGGUGAAAAUGGUGGCAAUUUAUAUGGCACAAACUUGGAUUCUAUCCGUGAUGUCAUCAAUCAAGGGAAAAUGUGUGUUUUGGACUGCAGUCCAGUGGCUUUAAAAAUGCUUCACAAUUCUUCAGAAUUUAUGCCUUACGUAAUUUUCAUAGCAGCACCUGGUGUUGAAGUAAUGAAAAGCUUGUAUGAUUAUUCGAGGAACUUGGGGUAUUCUAGUCGUACAUUGACAUUUGAUCGCCAAAGUUCCAUUAGAUAUAGUUCUAGAAGAGCCCGUACAUUAGAAUCGCUUGCAUCGAUUUAUGAGGAGGAUGACGUAAAGAAAUCAUUGGAAGAAAGUGCUUGUUUACAACGUAUGUAUGAAAAAUACAUAGACCUAGUUAUAGUUAACGAAGAUUUUGAUAUGACAUUCCGUAAAGUUGUUGAAGCCUUGGAAAUUAUAUCUAACGAACAUCAAUGGGUACCUGUAAAUUGGGUAUAUUAAGAUUAAAAAAGAUUUAAUCCCCGUUACUUUUAAACUAGUUGGUAGAAUACAUCUUAAAUAAUUAGCCUUUUUCAUACUUUUAUCACAAAACACCAUACAAUUAUAAGUUUUAAAAAAUAUAUAACUUUUAGACUAUAAUAUAAAGAUUAUAAUAGGAUCUAUGUUAAUUAAGUUUUUAUUAUAAACUAUGUAUAAAAUUGGAUUUACCAAUUAAUUUGCUUACUUGGUUAUUUUUCAGUUCCUGCAAAUAAUAAUAACAUAAAUAACAUAAAUUUAUUAUUAUUGUGAAUAUGUACUCCGUCCUUUUUUUUUUUACUUAUUAUUGUUGACAAUUUUUUUUUUAUAUAUAUCUUGAGAAUAUUUAUAAUAAAUUAAUAACAUACACAUGCAAUAAGUUAAAUUCAUCAUAUAUUUUAAUUUAAUCAAUUGUACAAUUCACUUUUGCAUGGUUAUUAUAAUAAUUAAAUUGGUAACUAAUUAGCAAUAUAUAAAAUAUUAUAUUUCACUAUUUACAAAAUAUCUUAUAAGUUUAAUUUAAAAGCCAAUAUUAGUUUAAAAUAAUAUAUUUAAUUUACUAUACAUUUUAAAUUAUGCACAUAUCUGAUUUAGUAAAAAAAAAUUGGUUAUCAUUUUUUUUAAAAUUGUAUAAGCUUAUAAGUUAGGAAGUAUAAAGUGGAUAAUGAUUAGGAUAGAAAAAAAAUGUUUCAUGAUAACUUUUUCAGUUCAAUAAUUCUAAAUUUAGUUAGUGAUUUCUUAUAGUUUAAACAUGGAAUUAUUUCUAAUUUUGUGAUGUCUUAAUAGCAAUUAGGUAUUUCUGGUAAUAGAUAUCAGUAUAAAUCAAAAAUAAACAUCUGAUGACCUAUUUAAUAGAAAAGAAUUCAAUUUUUUUAUUUUUCAUAUCAAACUAAAUUAUAAUUUAAGGAUUAAUUAUAUUACCAAUAAACCUAUUUAUUUUUUCUUGUAGGUUGCAAAUAAUUAAAACAAUUUAUUAUUUUAUUAUUUUUAUUAUUAUUAUUAUUAUUUUUUAAAGAAAAUAUUAGAACUGAAUAUUGUGUUCAUUAAAAAGUAUAAUUACUAAUAAUAUUUGUAUAUUGUAUUGUUAUGAUAAUGUGUAUAUAUUCCAUCAAUUUUAUUUAGUAAUUAAAUUAUUUUUUUUAUAUUAACAAACACAUGUACAUGUACAUUGAAAAUUUGCCAUUUAACUCAGUUUUGCACUAUUGCUAUUUCUUAUUGAGUGUUAUAAAUGUAAUGAUUUCUAUAUUUUUUUUCACUAGUGUAAUGUUUUACUCAUAAACUUACACGCAUUAUAUCAAUUUAAAUAGUGUAAUAUAAAUAUUGUGCAAUCUUCAAGUGUAGCAAUAAAAUAUUAAAUAUUUUUAUGUAUUAUUUGCAUUAGACAUUAUCUUCACUGAUUUAAUAUGUAAUAAUAUUGUAGACUAUAGUUUUAUGACAUAUCAUACCAUUAUAAGUAUUAUGAUAGGUGGGUAAUAACUGCAACCAUAAGGCAUACCCACCUAUUAAUUUAUGUAGUAACGUACCUUUAUAUAUUGUUAAAAAAGUACUAUUUAUGGAAUAAAACAAAUUUAAUUAGUUUACUAUAUUUUGUAUUAUGUACAUCCCGUCCAACAUUGUAAUCUCAUACUUUUAUUUAUUAUAUUUUUAAUAAAGAAUUUAUGUAUUGUUCAAUUUUUCAAUAAAUUGGGCUACUAUA